GAAUUUCUUUUCAGACAGUUGUGGCAGUAGUAGGCCACUACCAGUAAAUGGUGAUGCAUUCAUUUUUUAGUUUAUUGUGUGUAUUAAACUAAAUAUAUCAACUUACAACAAAUAAAUAAAUAAAUAAUUAAUCUUUUUUUUAUAAAUUUUGUAAAUGAAAAAUUAAACAAAAAACAACAAUUAAAAAAAAGUAAAUUAGCUGUAAUGGCUUUAAGAAAGUUAAACAAUUUAAUUUGACAACCACCAAAACGAAAUGUCUCAUCUAUUAAAGCGUACAAAAAAAUCUUGUAUCAAGCUCAUACGUAAAUUGUCCACAAAACAAAUAUUCCUUAAACGUUUAGAAGAGGAAGAUAUCUCCACCGAUAUUGACCCAUCGGUAGAAGCAACCGAAAAGCCGAACAAUCAAAAUUCCAAUACAACACCGAGUAAUGCAGCGACAAGAUCAUAUCAACGUCAAACAAGCAAAAAAGAAACCAAAGAUAGUCCCAAACAUAAACAGGCAAAAAAUGCGAAAUCGUUAAAACACUUGGAUGAAGAUGAUGAUGAGGAUGAAACUCCCGAUACAGCCAUUUUACAAAGUUUAACUUCUAAACUAUUUCUAACAGCCGAUGGUUAUGAAUUUCAACGUUUAGAACAAUUGCGCAGUGAUACUGCCUCGGAAAUUAUACCUUUUGAUGGAAAUUUCAAUAAUAACAUUAAAAAGCCGCCUUCAUCAUUCGCCGAUGACAUAAAUCUUGAGGUUGUUUUUGAAAAAGUCAAGUACAAAGAAGAUGUGCGUUACUUCCGUCAUACACCGUCCACAGCUAGUUUAGAUAAUUACUUUAUUAAUGAUCAGGAACUAAAUCUCAUCACUAGCAAUACCCAUACCAGUAACUGUCCCAAUGGCAGUAAUGCAAAUAAUAACAACAACAUUAGCAACAACAAUCAUAAUCAUAAUCACAAUAAUAACAACAACAGCAAUGCUAUUAAUUUAAAUAAUCCAAUUUUUACCAAUAGAGGCCUUGAAAUGACGCAUCAUAAUUACUUUAAUUCCCAAUAUAAUCAUCAUCUUAAUAAUCAUUUGCUUCCAGUUAAUGUUAGUUUAGGUUGUAAAUCCGAUGGCAACUAUCAUCAAUUCAUUAUCGGUCAAGAAAGAGAUUGUUUUUAUAAAUUAACUCCAGUGGUUAAAUGGGAUAUAAAUGGAAAUUCUUUGGAAGAUGAUAUGGAUAAUUUUCAUUGUUUUAGUAUAAAUUCAAAUAAUUCACCGGCUAAAUCAAGUUUACGCUCAAGUUCGACCACAUUGGAGACCUGGCUGGAAGAUGAGUAGAGAAGCGUGAGAUUAAGGGAUCGCUCUAGUGGGAAAGGUGGAUGGAUUAUAGGAUUUUUGUGGUUUAAGAAAAUUUUUGGCAAUUUAUUAAAAUAUAACGGAAUCGGAUAUAUCUGUUGGUUUUUACAAUUCCGAACAAAUGGAACUAUAGAAAUCGGUUCCACAUGGUUUCAGCAUUAUAUCUCUUUUAUAAAAAGCAUCCUUAAUGUAUGGCUCGCGUACUUUGACGACUAUUCUCUUUAUGACUUCGUUUUCUGAAUCAAUUAUUCGACUUUUUCUUACAAGAAUGUGGAUUUAUCGACGUUUCGACCUUUCGAUCGCUUAAAAACGGAUCCCUGAGCGUUUGUGGCAACUUCUAAUAGAUAUCGGGUAUUUUAAGAAACUCUGGUAUGUGCUCCAAAUAAAAUAAGUCCCAAAAUCCAUUUCUAAAUUACGAUGAAGCUACAGAGGACUUCCGAUCAAGGACCCGAGAUCCAUAUCAUUCUAUGAUAUUCUGCAUUCGGCCUAUCGUAACUUCGGUUUGGAGUCUAUAGCGAACUGGGUUUACAACGGAACUCGUUCCUUAAAAUAGCAGCUUUGAAUUACAAUAUAAUAGUACACAAAUUGUCAGUUCCGAAUCGAUAAAAUUUGUUUUACAAAAGCUUUUGAAACUUAACUUCGAAACCUUAUUCCUUAUUCGAAGUUCUCAAAUCUUUUUGAACCUUUCUAAUACUAUAAUAAAUCCUAUAGAUCCAAUCUUAAAUGUUUGUGAUAACUCGAGACUUUCAGUGGCGAUAUAUCCCUAUACUGGAUUGAAGUCUGUAGAGUACUGGGUUUAUUCCGGAACUCGAUUUAUAACAUUAUAAUCCGAAUUACAGUGUUAUAAGCACUAAAAUUGUCAGUUUCGAAUGGAGUUUAAUUUAUCAAAUGAACAACUUUCGAGGCUUGAAUGAGCUUAACUUUGGAACUCUCCAAAUUUCUCGGCAUUGGAUUGGGUUCUGUCGAGAAAUGUGAGUUACUCCGAUCCUUUAGGGAACCGUUUUGAUUUGCAGUAAAAUUGUGAAAUAAAAAAUUUUGGAGACUUGAACGAUAUUAACUUUUCUCGGAGUUCCACUAUUAAGUGAAGAAAUAGGUCCAUACAACCGUAAAAAUAUUCCAUAUUUCACAUCAAAAAAUGAUUUUUUUCAGAUUUUGCUACAAUCAUCUUACUUCCCUGAUCCGUUCAUAAGUCCUUACCCCGCUAGAGUUGUUAAAACAAUGAUUGUGGAGUUAUAAUUUGAAAUUGUUUUUAUAACAACAACAAUGUGGCCUUAAUCAUUAUCAAAAUGUAAAGAAAAAGUUGUGUUUAUAGUCGCUCUCUCUCUCUCGCUCUUGCUCGCUGUCUUAUAUCCACACAUCACUUUAUCACUCUCGCAAAGUGUAAUUAACUUUUGAAAUAUAGCAGGAAAUAAAAAAAAAUUAUUAUAUUAUAACAAAUAA